UUUGUUCAGCUCACGCCAUUGCCAUCCGCCGUAAGAGGAUGAAAACUUUCAUAAUGUUUUCGCGUUCAUUUUAAGCUGCUUUCGGUAUUCAAUCUGUACCACCGACAGGAAUUACAUCUGACUGGAAAUAUUGGCCUCAUAUUUUGUCCAUUUGAGAGGAUUUACAGGUCGGGUGUGCUGAAAAACGCACACUUAUGGGAAACGGGACUUUUUAUGCUAGUCAUAUUUAGAGACUACUCACAGACAUCAGACAGCCAUGUCCGGGGGUAUCGGUAUAUAUGCGGUCAAGAAACGGAAGAAGCCUGUUCAGAAAAUCCCCAAACCACCACCACACGAUGGCAUUAAAUCCAACCCCUCCAAACGACACAGGGAUCGGCUGAACAGUGAAUUGGACAAGCUGACUAAACUCUUGCCCUUCUCAGAGGACAUCCGUACACGGCUGGACAAACUGUCAGUCCUUCGACUCAGUGUUGGAUACCUGAAGGUCAAGAGCUUCUUCAAUGCCACAAUAAAAAAGACAGGAGGAGGCAGAUGGCUUAACGAGCGGUCGGUGACAUUUGGAGGAAAUGGACAGACUGCCACCAGUCUUGAUGGAGUCAGUUUCUCAGAGGGGGAACUGUUGUUGCAGGCUCUCAAUGGCUUUGUGUUGGUGGUCACCGCCGAAGGUUAUGUGUUUUACGCCUCCCCAACUAUACAGGACUACCUCGGCUUCCAUCAGUCGGAUGUGGUCCACCAGAGCGUAUUCGAGCUCAUCCACACAGACGAUCGUGCUAUGUUCCGAAGGCAACUACACUUCGCUCUCAACCCCACCUCGUGUGACGGCGAUGUCUCUGAUGCAAUGCAGAACAGCAGUGACAUCACCAGAGACAUGGUCAACUACAAUCCUCAACACAUCCCGCCAGAGAACUCCUCCUUCCUGGAACGGAGCUUCUGUUGCCGAUUCCGUUGUCUCCUUGACAACUCUUCUGGCUUCCUGGCCCUGAAUUUCCAAGGGAGGUUGAAGUAUCUCCAUGAACAAAAUAAGAUUGCAGUGGAUGGGACCAUUGCCCACAACCAGCUGGCUCUUUUUGCCAUAGCCACACCCCUACAGCCACCCUCCAUCUUGGAGAUCAGAAGCAAGACUCUACUUUUCCAAACCAAACACAAGCUAGACUUCACACCCUUGGGGGUUGAUACAAGAGGAAAGGUGGUUCUUGGCUAUACUGAGAUUGAACUGUGUAUGAGAGGUUCUGGAUAUCAGUUCAUCCACGCUGCUGACAUGAUGUACUGUGCAGAUAACCAUGUCAGAAUGAUAAAGACAGGAGAGAGUGGUUUAACAGUCUUCAGACUCCUGUCUAAAGGGGGAACAUGGAUCUGGGUGCAGGCCAAUGCAAGGCUUGUUUAUAAAGGAGGACGACCAGAUUUCAUUGUUGCUCGACAGAGAGCACUAAGUAAUGAGGAAGGUGAGGAACAUCUCCGUCAAAGGAAGUUUCAGCUACCCUUCAACUGUGCCACCGGUGAGGGUGUCCUUUACGAGGUUGGCCCCACACUUGACGUCACAGACAUUCAAACUCUGAGCAAAAGCCAGACGAUAGUCAAACCUACAUCUCUGGACCCAGAAUCUCUACUUGGAUGCAUGUUGAACCAGGACCAUGCCGUCUACAACCAGAAGAAUGACCCCAGUUCCCAGUUUACAUUGGACAGGGCUUUUCAGGAUAGCCACGCUCUGCUCAAUGUUCCGGGGAACACCUGGCAGCAAUCGCCCCCCAAUACAGGGGCUGAGAUCAAGGAGGAAGUUGAUGUAAAGGACAUGAUGGAAACCCUACAGCAGAUUAUUGGAGACAGCACUCUUUGCAGCAGCCUUCAAGAGCUUGAUGUGGACAAUUUGGAGCUGAAGGAAUGGGAAAACACCUUGCUCAGGAUGAACUGCAACAGUGAGAUGGAUUUCAAUGAAAUCAUCACCAACGACAUCCUGAACUAUGUUGAGGAUGCACUAUUUAAGGAAAAUUGUGUUCAGUUGCCCGAACAGCUAAAGGACCAGAGUCCGUUUGUUGAGGUGCCCGAGUGCCUACCAGAGAUGGAAUUACAAAACACCUUAGCUGCUAACCAGGGAUUCAACUGCCAGCCAGGUAAUCUCCUCGCUGGUUCCCCAGGUCAUGGUGGGUUUAUCAGAAUGAAUAUCCAAGAGGAUGCCAGUAGUCCUGGAAGAGGGAUGGUGAAACUCACCCAUAUGGCACCGCAGAUACCUGUUGGACAGCAGAUGCUACCUGAAAAUACUUUCAUCCAGUCAUUUGGAGCGGAUCAGAUGCCCCAAAAGACAACCCCCAAUAACAACAUUCUGUUUAAUCCCUCUCUUGCCGUCCAGUGUAGUCCACCGCAGACCCAUGUCCGGCCUGGUCUACAAUCCCAGCAGCAGGUCCUACAUGGUGGCGUACAAGAGAAUGGAAUGAUACCAGGCCAGAGGAAACUACAGACUGGAAAUCAGCCUCUUCUGAACUCCAUGACUCUCCCUCUUCUUUUGCAAGGCAACGCAACCCAGCCAAUAGGCAUCCCCAAUGAGAAUUCUUUUACCCAACAUCAGUCAAUUAGUCAGAACCCUCAGUGGGUUCCUGACAGCAACAAUAUGGUGAAUAACCUGCUGGACACUUGCGCCCAUACCGUUUCAGUCACACAAGAUGCCACAGGACUGCACUUGGCACCUACCGCUCACCUACAAGGGCAGUUUGCUGUUCACACUCAAAACGCUGCUUGGCCAAUGUCCCAGUCUACCCCUCAACAGGUUCCUAAAUCACUGUCCAGUGGGCAUCAGAAUAUGACAGGCAUUUGCAGCCAAAUAACAGAAUUCCAAAGAGACCCGUUUGGGCAGCUAAUGACACAGACAAACGCACAAGGAUUUGGGACUGGCUUCCUGCCUCAGACAACUGCUAACAACGUCUAUCCUCAGGAAGGGGAGAUGAUCAACAGUGGACCCCAUCAUACCACCAACAGCUGCAUGUUCGUAAGCGCUCCUCAACCUAUGGUGAACGGGAUGCAUUAUGGUUCUGCAGAUCCGGUAUCUCGUCAAAGGGCGACAGGUCUGGUUACCCGGAGUCCAACACAGGCAUCCUGCUACUACCAGAGAGGCCCUAGCGAAUCAGUCGUGGGCACAUCGGUCAUCCCACAAGAGGACUCCAACAUCAGCCCCAUGGCCUGCCAGAUCCCAUUGGGGUUGACUCCAGAGAACAUACUAGCUCAGCAGUAUCUCUCAUGCAAUGGCCAGACGCAGAUCGCAAGCCGUCCACUGGAGGAGAAAGGAACGUUCCACUUCCCUCGCUGGCCAACGGAACCGCCUAUAUUUUCCGAGAAUAACCAAAGCGAUUGCUCUGAAUAUUAAGAAACAUAUCUCACCCUUUGCAGUGACUGACACGUCAACUGUCUGGCAAGCAGUACCUGUCUUAAAAAAUAGUAUACACACAUAAAUAAAACGCAUCUUGUUUGUCCCGAGAAAGAGAGAGGGGGUGGGGGGGGGCACUUCAGUUGAGACUCUUGGCUGCAAACCUACGAGACAUUAGAAUCCAUACGGAUUCUUAAGAGUCAUUUUACACACCUUUCAUGCGCUCAUCUACUUGUUCAGUUGUUCACACACACUCUGACAAGAAAUAAGCAGUGGUAAAAUAUAUAUAUAUAUAAUAUUUUUUUUAUGCAUGUCCUUCGUUACUAAUAGAUCUUGUUCUGUUUUGUUUUAUCGUCAUUCUUACAAGUAAAAAAGCGUAUAAGAGAGUGUCAUGGCAAGGAGAUGAAUGUGAGCAAGUGCAUAUGUGUGUUUAUGUGGAAGCCUUGAGUUAAUUUCUGAAGUAUGCAGAAGGAACGGUGGAAUCUUUUAAAUGUGACCAUUAGAUACCGGGGAAACAAUACAAGCGGCACAGAAGACAACGUAUUAUUGGGGUAAGUUUCGACUCAAAAGGGAAAGGCGUCCUAAUUCGAGAGGGAAAAGGCCUGAGCCAAACCCUUUUAUUUUGCUACGUAUGUCAUUUCCCACCCGUAGACAUAAAACCCUAGUGUUAGCAGUUGACCCGACUCUCAAGACAGCGUUUGGUUGCAAAUAAUCCAAUGAGUGUGUAUUCACAGUACACUAUAGCAACUAAUACUCUACUAAUGGCCUGCAUGACAUCAUUGGAUUGUCGGAAACAAAUCGCUAAUAUGUUGAUUGCAUAAUUGUCCCAGAACUGCCCUGAAGCUCCACCUGCUUUGACUGUCUGGACAACAGCGAGAAACGGCCGAAGGUCUUAUCAAAUUCCGUUAAACCACGGAAGGACCUGGAUGGCCAGGUUUGCAGAAACAUUAACACCGAAUUGGAUCGUCCAAGGAAAAAUGCUGAUGUGUCACACUUUCAAUGCAAACAGACUUUUUUUUUCUGUGUAAAAUUUUUUCAUCACGGAGUACAAACAAAAACUUAAAGACUUUAGUUCACCGAACUUCAUGCUACCCUUUUAUGGCUGCAAUAACCAUAUGUUUCCUGUGUACAACAGUAUCAUAUCAAUUCAUGUGUUACAACAAUAUCAGAAUGUUAUGAUACAGCUUAUCACUUAUUUGUUUGUUUAAAAAUGUCUUUUGUACUUUUUUAUGCAUAUAAUCGAAACUAUGGAAUGCCAUUGAGCCAUUUUUGUCCACUUUUAAUUUGCUGAAUAUAGCUACGCUCUUUUCUUUUUAUUUGCUUUAGCUUUAACGCUUAUAUGGAGGAAUUCUAGGAAUUCUCAAACUGUUUUGUGCCAUGACAAUCGCACCAGCCAGCUGACCAUAUCCUGCCUCCAAAAAGGAGGUGUAAUAUUUUGUAGAAGAAAGCUCAAGAUGUUUUAGAGUUUUCUAAAAUAGACAUGGAAAAAAAUAGUUGUCAAAGCCUUAGUUGAUAGAGAAUGAUCGCAAACAACAAUUCAUAUUUGUGAAAAGAAGAUUGUAUUUAAUGUUCGUGGCCAGGGCUGGACUGGUAAUCUGGCAUACCGGGCAUUUUCACGGUGGGCCGACGCACUUUGGGGCCGAACAGGGGCGGACUGGCCAUCGGGAGAACCGAGCUAGCUAAAAUGAGCCACGCGUUAUGCAGAAAAGGACAACAAACGCACCCCCACCCCCGCUCAACAACUUUUGGAUAAACCCCCCUCUCCACCCCGCUCAACUGUAAAAUCCCAGGCCGAUUUCUCUUCCCAGUCCAGCCCUGUUCGUGGACACAGUUAAAUUUAUAGUGAAUCUAUAGCGUCAUCAAGACUGGGGAAAAAAAUCAGGAAAUACAGCAGUAGCCAAAGAUUUUAGUGCAUAGAGAGUGCAAUCCAAGGGCCUCAUUCAAGAAACACAAGCAUACAAAUGUGUGUACAUAAAACAAAAACGAUGUUUUGCGAACAAAAUGCGACAAUUUACACCAAAAUGGUUUUACAAAUGAUUUACAUAGAAAUCUUUAAGGCCCUUAUUUUGUAAUACAAGUAGAAAUUUGUGUAAAUCGUUCAUAAAACCAUUCUUGUGUAAAUUGUGACAAUUUGAUGUAAGAAGUUUCCACAAGUAAUUUACUCCGAAAAUAGUUCUGCUUGCAUUCAUGAUUGAGGUCCAACGUUUGCAGGAUCCCUUUGUGCCUUAUUUCAGCAGAAGUCAUUUGAUGAGAUUGUAUCAUAGCAUUACGAAUGUGUAGAUAUACCAAAAGAGAUUUGUUUGAAAUUUGACUGAUUGAUUUUAAUGUAAAAGAGGAAUCGCUACCUACUUUUUAAAAAUGUUUUUAGAUGAACCCUUUGCCUUAAUUUACUUGUAGAAACUUGUGGUGUUUUCGACUGUUGUUGCCUCUGAGAUAUUGUACUUUCUUGCCUCGGUGGAGACGAAAGUAUGAGUAUCCUCAAAGUAAUGCAUCCAAAACCAUUUUCCUUUAAUCAUUUAAAAUGGGAACACUGUGUGCCUUCAUUUCUUCUCCCCAAGGAUAUUUCACCUGUUCCCUCCCUUUUUCUCUCUUUUGGAUGAAAUGAUCGUGGUUUGCAGAGGAGGAAAGUAUUUGAAAUGGCAGCUAUUGUUGAAUCUGAGAAGCAACGUCUGGCUGUUGCUAGCAUGGACGAAAUCGGUAAUGCUAGUGUAUGCUAGUAUGCUAAGUGUACAUAGCCUCAUUGUUUAAGACUCAUGAGUGUGCAAAAUAUCUGCAGAUUCGUCUUCUUAACUUCAUUAGUCAGAGUGCCUAGAAACAGCUUUCAUUUCGGAGAUUAGCUACUUUUGUUUUCCUUUUGGUUGUCGUUCGUACUGAGUGCCAAUGGAGAUUGGCUUUGAUGUGGUGUAAAUAAAAAAGUUUCGUAUUUGGUUGCCAGAUGUCAGCUGGUUUAGAGCUGAGGUUGCUAAAUUGCUCAGUGAUUGAUUGAUAAUUGGUUUAUGGAUUGAUCACUUCGUUCACUGAUCUGUAAAUGAGUAACGUUGGUUUAUAGGAUUAAAUGCGCACAAAUAGUAACCGUGGAUUUUGUUUGUUUUGAUUCUGUUUUAUUGCCCUAAAGUUUCUAUUACAUUGCGUACUAACCAGGCAACAUGUGAUAACGACAUGUCUCAUCGAUGUUACCUUGAGUUUUUCCUAACCAGCUGUAACCGCGACAAAUAACGUGCAACUUAUUGUUCAUCACGAGGCCAUAUCACGCAGUGUAUUUCGCUUUCAAUGUCGACAAAUAACUUCUAGUCUGGGACCGGAUGCAUAAACAGCCAAGACUCCGUCAAACAAUUAGUCUGACUAGCUUAAGACGCCAAAGAAAUCCUGUUGCAUUCAAUAAGCCCGCAGUUGUCUUUUUGCCUAAUUCCCAUUGCAUUGUGGGAAAAGUAAGGCACUGAACGAUAAAAAAAAAACAUUUUGGUUUUCCUUCACUGAAAAUAGUUGCUUAUUGGAAGAAUACAAUGCUUCAAAAGUCUGUAACUUUUAUUUUUAAAAGUCAUUCAGUGUCUUUAAUUACCCACAAUGCAGCGUGAAUUACACUUUAGUCUUACUAAAGACAGCUCUCACGUUACUCUUUAUUUUUGGAACGAUUAAAGAUAAAGAUGCCUCAAUAGUAGUAAUCUGUGUCCAGACAAGGUUUAAGUUUCCCAAAACAAUUUUCCUUAGCCAUCAAAGUGCCUUUAAGUAGAACAGAUACAACACCAAUACACAUAUUUCACAAAUAUCUCACUAACAGCAUUGAACUCGCCCAGUGCCAAAACUUGUCUACAUGUUAGGAUACCCUCCCCCUUCACCACUAAACUAGGAAGAAAUAAUAGCACUUGACACUUCAUAUUCCUGUCCCUUGCGUAACACGUGUGUGAGGCCUAUCGUUAAAUGCAGUAUCUUUGUUUAUUUUUUGCAUCAUUGUAUGUUUCCAUGCUUGUUUAUUUCUGUCUUUUCACCCAGCAUUGUAAAUGCUUACACGUGUAAUAUAUAUCCUAUUUUGUACAUUCUUCUGCACAAUUGUAAAAUCUAUAUAUGUAAAUGGAUGUCCCACAAAUACAAGCUAUACACCCACACCCACAUCUAUAUUCUAUAUGUCUAUAUGUAAAAUAUAGCUCCUGUUUGUUUUCUAUUUGUAUUAUAAAAUGAUGCAAUUUUUUUGUUGUGCCUCUCAAUAUUGCUAUCUUUAUAAUAUUAAAAGGGGU